UAGGCGGGCGGGUGAUUAUCGGGUCACAUGACGCGCGCAGUGCUACAGUGUAACAUUACGGAAGCGCUUGAACUGCUCAAAACUGAUUGUUGUGCUGUAAUAAUAACACAAGCGGACACAAUGAAACUCUUCUGCUCUACAGGCGAACACAUCAAAGAAUGAAAUGAAGUGUUUAUUGGUGGCCAAUGAGAAUGCAGAGGUUCUAUUCUACUGGACCGACUCCGAGUUCGAACAGCGUAUUCAGGAACAAUAUGGAGUUUCCCAUGAGGAAGGAGAACGGCCUGCAUUUGAAGACAGCAUUAACACCCUGUUUGCACCCAUCAUCAUCUCCUGUAGCACAAUGGUGGACAGACUCGGGGACGGCUACACAUCCUUCACCACAGAAAACAAUCAUAAAUAUGUUCUGCAUCAGUUUGAUGAAUGCCUGUACAUCGCUGUAAAUGGAGAUGGAGAUGAAACUGAGGAGGAUUUGAAGAGAAAGAUCUAUGUAAUGAGGAAACACAUAGAAAUCAUGUUUGGGAUGGUCACGCUCAGCAGCGCCCUCUUGAGGAAAGCAUUGCGCCCACAAGAUACUGAGCAAAGAAAGCGUCUUUGGCAGAAACUACAAAGCCUUUUGGAAACAUCCAGUCGCUUACGAGAGCAGGAUCAAAGCUUUUUAGUAGAGGCCGUGGAGAGGUUGAUCCACCCGACCCUGUGUGAACAGUGUAUUGUGUUUUUGGAGCGUCAUUUGGUGCAGCAGAUAAACAGCAGUGUGGAGAGAGCUGGAGAGGAAGUCCUGCAUGCUUUUAUACUGGUGCACACCAAACUGCUGGCUUUCUAUUCCAGUCGAAAUGCCAGCACCCUGACCACCUCUGAUCUUCUGGCUCUCAUCAUCUUGGUUCAAGAUCUCUAUCCCAGCAAAAUGAACUUAGAUGAUUCAUCUCAUGAGGAGAUGGAGAAGAGUUCAGUUGCAGAUGUGUUCUACACACCAGAGUCCUCUCCUCCCGACAGGGAGUCAGCCCAAUCAAGAGGGGAGAGUCCUCCUGUCUUCCAGUUUGUUGAUCCUGAUAUUCAGAUGGCAGAGGACAGCCUUAAAACUCUUGAAGUUCCCACUCCUGACCCUUCAGCUCCGUUCAGAGUUUUUCUGGAAACCACACUUAAGAACGAAGGCUUGUUUCCCAUGAUGCCUCACUCCAUGUACUGUUUUCCUCUCUGGCCGGGAAUCACACUAGUGCUCCUAACCAAGAUCCCGAACACUCACAUAGCGAUGAGUAUUUACAUCUAUCUGGAAGCAUUUGUGAAGCUGGAGAAGAGGUUAUGUGAAGGUCAUGGAGCCACCUUGCGGGGUCAGCCUUCGUUUCAGGAGCACCGGAGCAAACUGGACAAGUUCAUCAAAACUUUAGCCAGCAUGGACAUUCAGACUGGCCAACUUCAAAAUGUGUGGGCAGACUUUAAGAACAAAGCUUUUACUCGGUCUGGACCUGGAUUCACAAGCGAAUUGCUGCCCGCUUGUAGAAACAUGAAGACUCAGUUGUGUGGCAUAUACAGACAGUGUUUUGCAGCCGAGUGCAUGAGCGGUUCUCAGCGUUUGGCUCCACGUCUGCAAGAACGAGUCUUAAACAUGGCUCAAGAGAAGUUGAUGGACUUCAAGGAUUUUUUGCUGGUGAAAAGCAAAAGAAACAUCACAAUGGUGUCAUACCUGGAAGAGUUUCCUGGUCUCAUUCACUUCAUCUAUGUGGAUCGUUCAGGUGGUCAUAUGAUCGCACCCUCCUUAAAUGUGACUGAUCGCACCGUCUCUGAGCUUGGAAAGGGUCCAUUAGCUCACUUCAUAAAGAACAAGGUUUGGGGUCUUGUCGGGACGGCUCGGCGGUAUCUGCAGAAAGGUUACACCACUGUCACGUACAGAGAUGGAGAUUAUUUCUGCUCUUAUUUCCUGUGGUUUGAAAAUGAAUCGGGUUAUAAACUAGAAGUAAUAGACAUACCGAGCCUCCCAGAUGAUUCUGCCCCAAUCGGCAUGCUCGCCUGGGAUUAUUACAGGAAACUGCUGCGAUAUUACAGCAGAAGUCACCCGAGCGAGGUGGUGAAGUGUUAUGAACUACUGACUGUUCAUCUUGGUGUAAUUCCCACUGAAUAUAUUCUGCAGCACUGUAGUCUGUUGGCCCGUAAGCUGUGGGAACCCACACGUAUUCCUCUACUGUGAAGAGCACUC